GAAAGACCGGCAGCACAGCAGCUGCGGGCCCGGCCGAGCCUGACUCGGGGAUGACCGAGCUCCAGGCAGAGCCUGAUGUCAGCCCAGAUUCGGCUGAGCUCUCAGAAGACUCUGAGGCUGCAGUGAAUGGUCACAGGGCAAAGCCUGAAAUGGCAGUGAAUGAGGAUGUGCCCAUCACAAACACCAAAACGAGGGAGACUCAGGGCCUCACAAAUACUGGUACCACGCCUGCUCCAACUAUGAUUCCCGCUCCCACUAUGGAUUUUUUCAAAGAGACUGCUGUUCCUUCUCAGCAGCGGGUGCCAGCCAAGGUGAAGGACAUCCACCAGAGUCUCCUGUCCCACGUCUCUGCAGAUGCCAGGCUGCAAAGGGACAUUGUGAGGCUGGCUGAAGAACACCCUGCUGACGUGGUGCUGACCCUCCUGCGCUGUGCCCCAACGUGUGACAGAGCAGCUGCAAUGAUGUGGAGAGCCAUAGGCUCAUCGGGCCCAGCAGUGGAGAAAGUGCUGCCAACACUGCUCUGUGUGAUGGAGGACUGGCCACAGCACAGAAUGUGCACCUCCGAUGGGGACAACGAGGCUGUUUUUGCCCUGGCUGCAACUCUGGUGAUCUGGGUGAUUGUGCCCAAGUACAACAAGGCGAUGAUCCCUUUUACUGGGCAAUUGUUUGUGGCUCUGCUCUUCCAUGUUGCCAUCACCACACAGCAGAUGCCACCAGAGGAAGUUGGUCACUUCUGGAGAGCGUGCCAGGAGGAACACCGCCUUCCCAGCAAGCCCAACAGGUUUGCAGUGCAGGCCAUGAAGGCUCUGCUCUACCGACUGCCGUGUGACAAGCUGGUGAUGGCUAUGGAGCGCAAGCGUGGCUGGGACACGCUGCUGCGUGCUCACACCCAGCACUAUGCCAUGGGUCUGCUGGCCAGGGAGAUGCGCCGUGUCUCGAUCAUUUUCUGUUCUUGCAUCGCAUCCCACGUGCUCUGGCACCUCAGCAGGGAGGAGCCAUGCUGGGAUCUGCCUGCCCUGGCAUUCCUUGUGGAGGUCCUGGAUUGCCUGGACUUCAGUAAAUACGGUGGCAGCGUCCUGAACAUCAUGUCAAGGCACCUCCAGAGUGAAUGCAGUCAGAGGCGUCGCCUGGCACUCAGAGGCCUCGUGCUGCUCAGCAAGGAUCCCUCGAUGGCCAGAAGGAUGUGCAGUCUGUCUCGCAGCCUUCUGGAGCUGGUGGGGGAUGCAGAUGAAGAGGUGGUCAGCAUGAGCCUCCGUGUGCUCACGAAUGUGCUCCCGCACCACGGCAUCCUGCGAUCCAGCAUCAUUGCCCCAAAGCUGGCUGAGGUGCUCCUGCUGCUCUUUGACCACAAAAACAGCCACGUGCAGUUGCUCUGCAUUCAGCUCUUCUGUAAGCUGAUGGAAUUGGUAGCGGAUGAGGGGAAAAAGCCCCUGAAGACAAUUGUGAACGAGAGCCUGUACACACUUUUAAUCUACUGCCAUGAUGACAACUGGCACGUGGCAAAGGCCUCUCGGGAAACGCUGCAUUGUGCGGCCAAGUUCCUGAUGAGGAGAGAUCUCGAACAGCUGGUGGAGAAGGAGCAGCUGUCAAAGUUUGUCAAGUGCCUGCUGGCAGAGGACAGGAUCCGAGCGGCCGAGCACCUGCGCCGGGCCCUGCCCUACCUGCAGAGCCCAGAGGAGCCCCUGCGAGAGGCGGCCCUCAGCUUCAUGGGGAUGGACGAGUUUCCCAUGAUGAGGGGGCAGCAGGAAGAGCUCCACGCCCUCAGUCAGGGCCUUGAAGCCCCAAGGAAUAAUGCCAGCCAAUCCUGCUCUAAAAAUGAAAUCAGUGUCCCAAGAACAGCACCAGGAGACACUGAAGAGCACAUCACCUCUUAGUGCUGCUGGCGCUCCAGGCAGAGCUGACGCUGGGCACAAUUCUUGUGGCUUCAGCCCUCUCCCUGCCUCUACAUAGCUCCCUCCCUCUAGAUAGCUCCCUCCCUCCAGCCCUCAGACACUGUCCGUCCCCAUUUUUUCCCUCCACUCUUCCUGCCUUUUGACAGCUCCAUUCCUCUAGCCCUCAGACCCUGCCCAUUCCCUUUUUUUACCUCCCCGCUCAUCCCUUUGUUUCAUCUUCCAUUAAUAAAGAGUUUGGCUUUUUCA